ACCCCCCCUCUCCUGGCAGCCAUCCCUAUGGAGCUGCUGUUCGGGCGCCGGAAGACGCCGGAGGAGCUGCUCCGGCAGAACCAGCGCGCCCUGGCCCGGGCCAUGCGGGACCUGGAUCGGGAACGCUCCAAGCUGGAAGCGCAGGAGAAGAAAAUCAUCCUGGACAUCAAGAAGAUGGCGAAGCAGGGCCAGAUGGACGCGGUGAAGAUCAUGGCCAAGGACCUGGUGCGGACGCGGCGCUACGUGAGGAAGUUCAUCACCAUGAGAGCCAACGUCCAGGCCGUGGCCCUCAAGAUCCAGACCCUCAAAUCCAACAACUCCAUGGCGCAGGCCAUGAAGGGGGUCACCAAAGCCAUGGCCACCAUGAACCGGCAGCUGAAGCUGCCCCAGAUCCAGAAGAUCAUGAUGGACUUCGAGAAGCAGGCCGAGAUCAUGGACAUGAAGGAGGAGCUGAUGAACGACGCCAUCGAUGACGCCAUGGGGGACGAGGAGGAUGAGGAGGAGAGUGACGCCGUCGUGUCCCAAGUGCUGGAUGAGCUGGGGCUGAACCUGACCGAUGAGCUGGCCACGCUGCCGCCGCCAGGGGGCGCUCUCUCGGCGGGGGAGGGGCGCCCGGCCGAGCCCGCGGCCGCUUUGGCCGACGCCGACGCCGACCUGGAGGAGCGGCUCAAGAACCUGCGGCGGGACUGACCUCUGACCCCGUGACCUCUGACCCCCUGACCACGUGACCCUCACCUUUGGCCGGUGACCCUGACCCCGUUACCUACAAUCUCUGCUCUGUGACCUCUGACCCCUGGUCACUUGAACCGUG